AUGCGGCCCCUGGGAUCGACUGUGCUUCCGCUCUCGCGCAUGCUGCGCCUGAUCGGCGAGGCGAUCCGCCAUCCACUGCGUGGACAUCCCGACGACAGCCAGAUCGUCACUUGCAUUGCGCAGUAUGAUGGUUUGUCUGAUGACAUGGCAGCUAAGCGGGACCGGCGCUUCGGGACCCUGCAAGUCGGCACUGCGGCCGUAGGGUCUGCGGGCAUCAAGACCACACCCGCAGGGAUGGAUCGGCUGGACGAGCUGGUGUAUGAGCUGGCACACCAGGCAGGGGGCGGGAACGAGUCCAGGUCAGGGGAGCUGGUUCAGUCCGCGCUGGUGCGGAAGAUCGGGGCCAUGUUCCAUGUAGCAGAUGCGGAGGUGGAGGUAGAUGUGCCCUUGUCGCAGCAGGGAGUGGACUCGCUGGUGGCGGUGGAGUUGCGCAACUGGCUGAGCAGUGUGAUGAAGGCGCGGGUGACGAUUUUUGAGAUCUUGCAGUCAGGGUCGGUGGCUGAUUUUGCGCGCAUGGUGACGGCGCGGAGUGGUUUGAUCACGGCGUAG